UUACCAUUCUCUACAGCUAAGCUCCUACUUCAACCCAACAACAAAGGUCAACAUCCUCAAUAAACCCACACUCACAGCCUCUUAAGACCAAGCAAAGCCACUCUCUUUUGCUCUCUCAUGGCGGCCAGGGACAGCAACAAGAAGACGACUGGUACAAGCCCCCCAUAUGACGCAGUUGCUCUGUUUUGACAUUUAGCUUCUCAUUCUUCUGCAAAUAUAGCCCAACCCCAUUUUCCCUCUCUCCUUGAUUAGCUAAAACCCCUCCCAUUAAACCUCUCUCUCUCUCUCUCUCUCUCUCGAAUUUCGUGUUCCAUUUCAACUUUUCUUAAAGGCCAUUAUCUCUCUCUCAUUCCAAGAACUCUCUCCCAGCUAGAGAAAAGAGCUAAAGCAGCUUAAUUUAAGCACUUUGAGAUCUGGGUUUUGUGAAUUUUGCUUAAAUUUUUAGUCUUUCUGUGCUCUCUUUUAAAUUUCUUGAGCUGAGGCUCAAAGCAUAGGUUUUGGGUUCUGGGUUUUAAGCUUGAAAUCUUCAAGUGAAAAAUGGGGAGCAAAUGGAGGAAAGCAAAGUUAGCACUGGGACUGAAUCUUUGUGUGUAUCUUCCAAAAACACUAGAGGAUUCAUCUCCAUCCUCUCUGGACUCAGCUGAGAGAUUGUCUGACGCUGCUUUGCUUUCACCUGCCAAUUGGGCCAUGGGCUCGUCCAGGCCCAGCACGCCAACGCCAUCCUCUCAUGGUUUGAAGCUCUCUAGAAGUGGAAGCAAAUCGUCUAAGCAGACGUGCUCGAUAUGCUUAACUAAAAUGAAACAAGGAGGCGGCCAUGCCCUUUUCACGGCAGAAUGUUCACAUUCUUUUCAUUUCCACUGCAUUACAUCAAAUGUCAAACACGGCAACCAAAUUUGCCCAGUUUGUAGGGCAAAAUGGAAAGAAAUCCCAGUGCAGGGUCCUAAUCUGGAUCCUCCUCCUGGAAGGGCAGCUAUCGGUCCAGUUGGUUGGUCUCAGAAUGAUGCUUUGGUGACUAUGGUUCGUCGACUACCUCCUCCUCGAAGAGAUUUGAGCCGACGACACAUUGUGCCACUGUAUCAGGCCCAUGAGCCAGGUGUCUUUAAUGAUGAUGAAUCCUUAGAUCACCAACCUGUGUUUGAUGAGAGAAGCUCUUGCAAUAAAAAUGGCACUGGUGAAAAUUUUUGUAGGACAAUAGAGAUCAAAACGUUCCCAGAGGUUUCAGCUGUUCCAAAAUCCAGUUCUUAUGACAAUUUUACCGUUUUGGUCCAUCUGAAAGCUGCUACUUCAGUUACAAGGCAAAAUCCUAGCAGAAACCAGUCUAGUUUGCCACAAUUUUCCCAGACUCAUCGUGCUCCAGUAGACCUAGUCACGGUGCUUGACAUCAGUGGUAGCAUGGCAGGAACAAAGCUUGCAUUGCUAAAACGGGCUAUGGGGUUUGUAAUACAGAAUCUUGGCUCCAAUGACAGGCUCUCAGUCAUUGCCUUCUCUUCAACAGCCCGUCGUCUCUUUCCCCUCCGCCGAAUGACUGACACUGGACGCCAGCAGGCACUGCAAGCUGUUAACUCUCUGGUUGCAAAUGGUGGGACCAACAUUGCUGAGGGCCUCAGAAAGGGUGGCAAGGUAUUGGAAGAUCGAAGGGGAAAGAAUCCUGUUGCCAGUAUAAUAUUGUUGUCUGAUGGGCAGGACACUUAUACUGUCAGUGUCUCUGGCGCUAACCAACCUCAACCAAAUUAUCAGUUGCUCCUUCCUUUGUCUAUUCAUGGUGGUGACAAUACAGGCUUCCAGAUUCCAGUGCACGCAUUUGGUUUUGGUGCAGAUCACGAUGCAUCAUCAAUGCACUCCAUUUCAGAGAUAUCUGGAGGGACCUUUUCUUUCAUUGAGACUGAAGCUGUCAUCCAGGAUGCAUUUGCACAGUGCAUUGGGGGGCUUUUGAGUGUUGUGGUGCAAGAGCUGCAGGUGGCAGUUGAGUGUGUGAACACAAGUCUCUUCCUUGGUUCACUAAAAGCAGGAAGCUACCCGAGUCGUGUGAUGGCUGAUGGACGCAGAGGAUUUAUUGAUGUUGGAGAUAUGUAUGCAGAUGAAGAGAGGGAUUUUCUGGUUUCAGUUAAUGUCCCAGCAGAGUCUUCUAGCAAUCUGACAUCAUUGAUAAAGGUGAGAUGCAUUUACAAGGAUCCCUUAACUAAAGAAAUGGCAACAAUAGAAAGUGGAGAAGUUAAAAUUGAGAGACCUGAAGUAGCUGGGCAAGCACUAGUGUCAAUAGAAGUGGACAGGCAACGUAAUAGGCUCCAAGCAGCUGAGGCAAUGGCACAAGCACGAGCCGCAGCUGAGCUAGGAGACUUAGCUGGUGCAGUUUCAACCCUUGAAAAUUGUCGAAGGGUAUUGUCAGAGACUGUGUCAGCAAAAUCCAAUGACCGCCUUUGUGUAGCAUUGGAUGCUGAGCUCAAGGAAAUGCAAGAGAGGAUGGCAAGCAGGCAUGUGUACGAGGCAUCUGGGAGAGCAUAUAUUCUUUCAGGACUGAGCUCGCACUCAUGGCAACGAGCAACAGCAAGAGGUGACUCCACCGACGGUUCAAGUCUUGUUCAGGCCUAUCAAACCCCAUCAAUGGUUGAGAUGCUUACUCGAUCUCAGGCUAUGCUGUUGGGUAGUCCAUCAGCCCAGCGGCUUGUCCGACCAUUAUGUUCACAACCAAAGCCGAGGUAAUCAUAUAGGAUUGCUGUGUGCUCAUCUUUUUUUUUUCCCCUUUUUUUUCAAUUUUCUUUGGGAGAGGGAGAUAAAAUUAAAGAGAUGAGAUGUUUUUUUGGCUGUGAUUUUGCCUCCUGCCUUCUAUAUGUAAAUCAAUAAGAAAAAAAAAAGAGGAACAUGAUGAAAAAGGUAUAAUUGGGAAGGAAAGAAGAAAAGGAACAAGUAGAGUAGGGUUUAUAACAUUAUGUAUUUCCUGUGUUGUUGGUUGGUGUACAUAAAGAAAAAUGGUUUUCUCUAUGAGAGAAUGGGUACAAGUAUGUAAUUGUCAAAAUGGUUCGGGUGAGCCCUUCACCUCAUAUGUAAUUUACGUUCUCUCAAUUCAUUAGACAAAGUUUUGUUCAAA